AUGGUAUAUCCCAACAGAGCGGUAACUCAUAACGGAAUGGGAACUCUCUACGGAAUGGGAACUCACUACGGAAUGGGAACUCUCUACGGAAUGGGAACUCACUACGGAUUGGGAACUCACUACGGAAUGGGAACUCACUACGGAAUGGGAACUAACUACGGAAUGGGAACUAACUACGGAAUGGGAACUCAUUACGGAAUGGGAACUAACUACGGAAUGGGAACUCACUACGGAAUGGGAACCCACUACGGAAUGGGAACUAACUAUGGAAUGGGAACUAACUACGGAAUGGGAACUCACUAUGGAAUGGGAACACACUACGGAAUGCUAUUUCCCAACAGAAUGGGAGCUUACACCCGAACGCUGUCUCCCAACAGAGCGGCAACACACAAUGGAAUGACAGUUCCCAACACAAUGGUAGUUCCUAACAGAAGAGUAUUUCCCAACCACUUUGGCAUGUACGACGAUAUGGGAAUAUACAACCAUGUCGACGGGGUCGACGGAAUGGUGCAGAGGCUCCAAUGGGAUCAACAGAACCUGUUUGGACGGGAAGACGUAGCAAAGAAUGACAUUGCAUUUGAAGGUGUAACCCCUAAGCAAAGAAAUGUACACGUAGAGAAGUCGCCCGUACAAUCUAAUACCCGUAGUACAUCAAAAUCACCAAAUUCAAUAAACGGGAAAGUUGCAGAGAGCGUGAGCACCACAUAUAGUGCAAACAAUAAUGAAGACUUAUUAAACGAAAUUAGAGUGCGGCACAAGGCACAGUUACGCAAGUGUGCUUUAAAAAACGAAAAAGUGAAGGGUACUAAGGAUGAGGACUUGGGAUAUCCCAACAUAUUAAACCAUGAAGAUUCCUCUGACGGCACUGAUUAUUCGUACCUGGCGGCAAUAGCCAGUAUGGAAAAAGGUGUGAGAAGGGAACUAACAGCGAGAGAGAAAUACAUUCUCCGACGCAUGGACGAAGCCUUGAAUGCCGUAAACGAUAACAAGGUGGUUUGCAAGCGAAAUGAUGGAAAGCUUAGCAAAGUAGUUUGUCAGUCGGAUAACCGAACGAAUGGGGUAAAAGUGCGCUGUAAAAGAGACCAUGAAAAUGCCUUUCAAAGUGACAACAAAGAUGCUAUCCAAAAUGGUGCCCAAAUAAACCCCAUAAGUGCAUUUGAAAAUGCACUUGAAAGAUUCGUUCAAGAUAACCUCAAAGAGCUCACCGGGCAAAAUAGUUAUACGCACGAGAAAGAGCACCAGAACGAGUACAAUAAUGCCAACACGGAAAGCGAUGAACAAAUGGAGAAAAGCAUGACGAAACGGCAGAAAAAGUUCUUGCCGCUUGAAAUGGAUGGAAAAACUGUAGAGUCUAAGCAGUACGCAGUGCAUGCCAAGAGGUGGGGCCAUCGCAACAGCGGAAGCCCAAGUAGCGACACAAGUGGGAAAAGUAGCAGUGGCAGAAACGGUAGAAGUGGCAAACGGGGCAGACGUAGCAGAAGUGGUCAAAGCAGACGUAGCAGAAGUGGUCGAAGCAGACGUAGUAGAAGUGGUCGAAGCAGACGACGUGGCCACAGUUGCGACGCUCGCAACAGCUGCGAUAGUCCAGAACGCCGCACGCGCCACGCAGACCGAGAUGAUGUGCCACGCCAUGCCACUCGAAAUUGGUUAUCUGAACAUGGGAGGCAGAAAAAGGAAAGGACAUCUCACGGCAAGAGGGAAACACAUACCGAUGGACGCAGAAGGGAACAUAUUUCCAAAAAGUUAAAACGGAAGGAUCGUAGUAGCAGCAGAUCAGUCGCGAACGAAGAAGAAUCAUCAUGGGAAAGAAAAAAGAAAUACUGCCGAAUGGAAAAAAAUAAAAUGUCCAGAGAAAGCAGGGACACUGAUCGUAGCGGGUUCCCAAGUUAUGACAGCAGUAGAGAAAGGGUCAAAGGACGGCAUAACGAAUAUGAUAACCGGCACAGGCGUCACACAGAAGACAAACAGAAAAGAGGCAGCAACAGGGAUAAGGACGAUGUGCAUAGUUAUGACCAUGACGAGAGGGGUAAAAGUUCAGAAAAAGUCCAUGUAAAAGAAGACGAGCAGGAAGAUGCUGAAGAAGGGGAAGAAACAAAUAAAAAUGAACCUAAGGAAGAGAAGAAUUUCAACCCGUCGGGGUUACUUGCACAGGAAAAGAACUACAAAAAUGGAGUAGAGUUGAAAUACAUCGAAAGUAUAGACGCCGAACUUCCGGAUAAGAAGUGGAGGUUGUACGUGUUCCUCAAUGCGAACACGAAAGAUCCUGCGGAAAUACUCCACUUACACCGCAAAUCAUGCUACCUAAUUGGAAAGGACGAUUUGGUGGUAGACAUAAAGCUGGCAAACCCCACCAUAUCGAAGCAGCACGCAGUAAUACAAUUUAAGAAACAUGAAAGUGAAGUGUUGCCCUUUCUCCUCGACCUGAGCAGCACCAAUGGGUCAUAUUUGAACAACGACCUAAUCGAGCCGAACAAGUUCUACGAAUUGAGACAAACUGACAUACUACGGUUUGGAAGUUCAGCGCGAGAAUAUGUCCUACUGCACGAUUCCUCGGAUAAUCCUUCGCAAGCCUGAUUUGUUCACACACACAAAAAGGCUAGGAGUGUGCAAAAUGGAGAUCCACAAGGAAAUCCAAAAAAGGCGCCUUUGAACACACACACGUAUGUACGUGUAGUGCAAAGGAAAAUGCUCCUCCGAGUGUUCACAUAAAUUUCGAAGUGCCCACUUUAGUAGCAGCCUCUUCCAUUGUGCCUACAUAAUGUAUGCAUGUGCAUAUCGGCGUAGCUGUUCUACUGCAUUUCUUCCCAGUUUGUGUACCCCCCAUAUGCUGUUACAUUUUCACGUCCAUUGUAAUUACUUUGGCCAUGUCUGUAGUGGGGCAAGGUCGAGUAUC